AUGGACCGCAGCCUUGACGAAAUCAUCAGCGAACGCCCCGAGCGCCCGCGCGGCGGAGGCAGAGGCCGAGGCGGACGUGGAGGUGGAGGCGGCGGCGGCGGCGACCGACGACCACCGCCCCCGCGGGCACCCCGCCGCGAGGACUAUCCACGAGACGGCGUGCGAAAGUACCGCCGCGACGAACCCGCCAAUCUCGACUCCGAUUGGGUCCAUGACCGAUAUGAGGAUGAGCGUCAGCGCUACGAUCGACGUGCUCCUGCGCAAGACGAGCGGUUUGACAGCCGCAGCGCUGGGCCACCCAGCUCUCGCAUCCGCGUCGACAACAUACAUUACGAUCUCACGGAGGAUGACCUGAGAGAGCUCUUCGAGCGCAUUGGCCCGGUCACCGCGGUUCGUAUGACUUACGACCGCUCCGACCGAUCGACGGGAACCGCAUUCGUAACCUACGACGACGACCGUGACGCCGCACAGGCCGUUCGAGACUUUGAUAACCAAAUGGCCAAUGGGCAGGCUAUCCGCAUCACACUCAUGGCCAGUGGACCACCUCCACAGCCCGCUCAUCGCGGCUCACUCUUCGACCGCAUUGAACCCGCGCCCCGCAGCCUCUUCGACAGAAUCGACAACGGUCCACCGGGUCGCAGAGACGAUGGUAGACGGAGACAGCGCAGCGACAGCCCGCGUAAGGCCGGCAGACUGGCGCCAGACGUGGACAGAUACGUACCUGGUGGUCGGCGUGGAGGCUCACGUUCACCGAUCAGACGCAGGGGCACUCCGCGCGAGGGAGGCAGACGGCCAGGCGCAAAGCGGGAGGAAGGUGCUGCCGGAGGUGGCAGAGGUGGACGCCGAGCUCGUACCGAUGAGGAGGGUCGUCCGCUUGUGGGUGGCAGGCCGCGCAAGACUGCGGAGGAGCUCGAUGCGGAAAUGAAUGACUACUGGGGUAGCGCAAAUAAUGGGGACGGUGAAGCUGCACCCGCUGCUGGUAAUGGCGACGCGCCUGCUGCCAACGGUGGUGGAGACAUUGACAUGGAUAUCUGA